AUGAGUCUCAAUUUUCACGCUUUCGCCGGCAAUCCGACGAGAUCAAGGACCCCGAGGCCGACCGACACCCUCUCCCCACAAUCCGCGCUCGAAAACCUCCGGGCCUUGCUAUCGGGCCCGAGCAACGGGCCCGUUUCCCCCGAUUUCAGGGUUUUGCCCUUCAGAAAGGGCAGGCCGCUGGCCGGGUGCGAGGAGGACGGGCCCACGUGGCGUCUCGGCUGGCUGAGCCUGUGGGAGUGCAAAAGGUAUCUGGAGGAUUCUGAAAUUGGGCUAAAGGAUGAUUCAAUGGUGUACUUGGGGUGUGAUUAUGGGGACGACGUCGUGUACUGGGGUGUUGACGUUUCGGAUGCCGGCGGGUUGGUUGGUCAGUUAGGAGCUCGGAGGUUUUGCUUCGUGGAGCUGAGGACUCUCAUGGUCGCCACUGAUUGGACCGAUGCUAAGGCCAUGGGGGAGCUCGCCGUUGCUGGCCAUGCCAGAGCUCUGCUAGAAUGGCAUGAUACGGCACGUUUUUGUGGGCAUUGUGGAUGCAAGUCCGUCUCUGUGGAAGCUGGGAAAAGGAGGCAGUGUUCGAACGAGCUGUGCAAAAAGAGGAUAUAUCCUCGUUUAGAUCCUGUUGUUAUUAUGUUAGUUAUUGAUAAAGAGAAUGACCGAGCACUAUUAAGUAAGCAAUCAAGAUUCGUGCCACGCAUGUGGAGCUGCCUUGCUGGCUUUAUUGAGCCAGGAGAAAGCUUAGAAGAAGCAGUCAGAAGAGAAACAUUGGAGGAGACAGGCAUUGAAGUUGGUGAGGUUGUCUAUCACAGUUCUCAGCCAUGGCCGGUGGGACCUAGCAGCAUGCCGUGUCAGCUAAUGGUAGGGUUCUUUGCAUAUGCAAAAACACUUGAUAUAAGUGUGGAUAAGGAUGAACUUGAAGAUGCUCAAUGGCAUAGUAGAGAGGAUGUGAAGAAAGCUCUCACAUUUGCCGAAUACCGCAAGGCACAGAAGACAGCGGCUGCUAAGGUGGAGCAAAUGUGCAGAGGGUUGGUGAAAGAACAAAGCCUGUCUUCAGAUUUCAAUGUGGAGAGUGGGGAACUUGCCCCCAUACGACCCGCCAAGAGGAAGAAAACUAGCUCGAAAAAAGAACCCAAAAACUCCGACGAUCGGCUAGCUGGACCCUCUGCCGAACCAGAUACCUUACCCGACCGGGCCGCCGCCAGAACAGAAACCGGAGCACCGCCCCCAACCCCCGCUGACCUAAAGCACCGCUCUCGGCCAAACACCAAACCAAGCUGCCUCUCCAACCCAAGACCCACCAAUAUUCAGCACAGGGCAGCAGAAGCAAACGGGAGGAAGAGGGCUCACCCUACCCCGGACAACUCACCGGAGAAGGCCGAAGUCAGCUGA